GGCCCAGGUUUUCCGGCCGACCAGCCAGCAUGGUAAUAGAAUAGGCGAUGUAAUUUGACACUUCAACUUACUGUGCUCCCUGCUAGUUGAUUCACUUAGUCCCCCAGUAACACUGAGCUCCUUUUACUGUGUGUGGGGGAAUAAGGGCCGGAGAUCGGCGGCGGCGGAGGAGGAGGAGAUCCGGGGAGAGAGAUUGAGCGAGAGGAGUGUGACAUCCAGCAGCCGGAGAGAGGAUAUUAUUCAUCUGGAGGAGCCCAGCCUGCCGCACACACACACACACACCGGGAUUUGAAAAUCCUGAAAAACAUCAAUGUGGCCGUUGCGGCUGGACAUAACCAAUACGUUUCUGGAAAUAAUUUGGUGAAUUCAUUUCUAGCCUGAACUGCUAGAGUGAGCGAUUAGCACAGCAUCAAAUAGACCAAAAGCAAUAGAGCACACACACACGGCAGUGCACAAUACAAAAUUCAUCUGCAAAUGCACAGAGUGGGAUGUAUAUAGUUUUACAGCACAGCGUACAGAGUGAGGAAAAGACAAGUGUUUCCCGUUCCUUGGUUGCAAGACUCCCAAAACCACCCAUGUAGGGCAAGACGGAUACCCUUCUUGAUUGGAUCUCCUUAUCCUGUCCAACACUGGAUAAUGGAUUUAGGCAAGUGAGCAAGAGAAGGGAGCGAAAAGCUGUUGGUCUAAAUGCACUGGGGCAUGCAGGUUUGAAGACCUUUCAUGGCUUUCAGGUAGAAGCAGAGCAGUCUUUGUCAGGAUGAACUCUAUGGACAGACAUAUACAGCAGACUAAUGACCGUCUGCAGUGCAUAAAACAGCACUUACAAAACCCAACAAACUUCCACAAUGCAGCUACAGAGCUCUUGGACUGGUGUGGAGACCCUCGAGCUUUUCAAAGACCCUUUGAACAGAGCCUAAUGGGCUGUUUAACGGUAUGUUUGGCGGUGGUUAGCAGAGUAGCAGCACAGCAAGGCUUCGAUCUGGACCUUGGAUACAGACUCCUAGCUGUAUGCGCAGCCAACAGAGACAAGUUCACCCCCAAAUCAGCCGCUCUCCUUUCUUCGUGGUGUGAAGAGCUGGGAAGGCUUCUCCUUCUACGUCACCAGAAGAGCAGACAAAGUGACCCUCCAGGGAAACACCCCAUGCAGCCCCCCAUGAAUUCUUUGUCCUCUAUGAAACCAUCUCUGUCCCACAGUGAUGGAUCUUUCCCUUAUGAUUCUGUCCCUUGGCAACAGAACACAAGUCAGCCCCCAGGUUCUCUCUCGGUGGUUACUACAGUUUGGGGGGUCACAAACACAUCGCAGAGUCAGGUUCUGGGAAACCCAAUGGUUAAUGCAAACAAUCCUAUGAAUCCUUCUGGCAACCCCAUGGCAUCUGGCAUGAACAACAACAGUGCUGGCAUGAAUUCUCCUCAGUUUGCUGGGCAACAACAGCAGUUUUCCUCAAAGGGCGCAUCCAACCAGCAGUAUAUGCAGCAAAGCAUGUAUGGACGUCCAAAUUAUCCAGGGGGAGGAGGAUAUGCGGGCAGCUAUCCUGGUGGACCCAAUAAUCCUUCUGGAAUGGGCAUCCCACCUCAUUCGCGACCACCCUCAGAUUUCACCCAGCCAGCGGCGGCGGCUGCUGCAGCUGCUGUUGCUGCUGCAGCUGCUACUGCUACCGCUACAGCAACUGCCACAGUGGCAGCGAUGCAGGAAACUCAGAAUAAGGACAUGAACCAGUACGGCCCAGUGUGUUCCUCUUUCCAGAUGGGUCCUGCCCAGGCCUACAACAGUCAGUUCAUGAACCAGCAAGGCCAACGAGUGCCCUCUGCUAUGUCAGGCAGUAUGAACCCAGCUGGGAUGGGUCCCAACAUGGCACCUUCCAAUAUGAGUGGCCCACCGAUGGGAAUGAAUCAGCCUCGGCCUGGCAUGAACCCUUUCAGCGCACAUGGUCAAAGGAUGCCUCAGCAAAGCUACCCUGGCCCCAGACCUCAGUCGUUGCCCAUGCAGGGCAUUAAAAGGCCAUACCCAGGAGAGCCAAAUUAUGGUAGCCAGCAAUAUGGACCAAGCAGUCAAUUCCCCAGUCAGCCUGGCCAGUACCCAAGCCCAAAUCCUUCUAGACCCAUGACAUCUCCAAACUACCCAGGCCAGAGGAUUACAACACAGCAGAGCACAGGGCAGUACCCACCCCCCAGUGUUAGCAUGGGGCAGUAUUACAAGCAAGAGCAGUUUAAUGGACAAAAUAACAACUUUUCUGGGAGCGGCUACAAUAGCUAUAGCCAAAGCAGUAUGAACGGGCCCUCCAGACCGGGUCCUGUUGGAAAUUACCCCCACUCGCCUGUUCCGGGAAACCCCACACCACCUAUGACACCUGGCAGCAGUAUCCCUCCAUACCUGUCACCCGGUCAAGAUGUCAAGCCUCCAUUUCCUCCAGACAUCAAACCCAACAUGAGUUCUUUACCUCCACCACCAAAUGCAAAAGGGAAAGUUCACACUUUCUCUCCUUCUUCGAUCUCAGCCAGCCACACAGAUGAACUUCGUCUGACGUUUCCUGUGCGAGAUGGAGUAGUAUUGGAGCCCUUCCGAUUGGAACACAACCUUGCCGUCAGCAAUCAUGUGUUCCACUUGCGACCGACCGUCCAUCAGACCCUCAUGUGGAGGUCUGACCUGGAACUGCAGUUUAAAUGCUACCACCAUGAAGAUCGUCAGAUGAACACCAACUGGCCAGCAUCUGUUCAAGUCAGUGUCAAUGCCACACCUCUUACCAUUGAGAGGGGUGACAACAAGACUUCCCACAAACCUCUUCACCUCAAACAUGUCUGCCAACCGGGCCGCAACACUAUCCAGAUUACUGUCACUGCCUGUUGCUGUUCGCACUUGUUCGUGUUGCAGUUAGUUCAUCGGCCUUCAGUACGGUCAGUACUGCAAGGUCUGCUAAAGAAGAGACUUCUACCAGCAGAACAUUGUAUCACAAAAAUAAAGAGAAAUUUCAGCAGUGUAGCAGCAUCAUCUGGUAAUGCAGCACUAAAUGGAGAGGAUGGAGUAGAGCAGACGGCAAUUAAAGUCUCAUUGAAAUGCCCGAUCACGUUCAGACGGAUCCAGCUGCCUGCACGAGGACAUGACUGCAAACAUGUACAGUGCUUUGAUCUGGAAUCCUAUCUGCAGCUGAACUGUGAGCGAGGAACGUGGCGGUGUCCUGUAUGCAAUAAAACGGCCCUAUUAGAAGGUCUGGAGGUAGAUCAGUAUAUGUGGGGCAUCCUGAAUGCAAUACAGAACUCAGAGUUUGAAGAAGUGACCAUUGAUCCCACGUGCAGUUGGCGGCCGGUACCUAUCAAAUCGGAGAUUCACAUCAAAGAUGAUCCUGAUGGAAUGCCCUCCAAGAGGUUUAAGACUAUGAGUCCCAGUCAGAUGAUCAUGCCCAAUGUCAUGGAGAUGAUUGCAGCAUUGGGGCCUGGCCCUUCACCAUAUCCAUCUUUACCACCACCUCCUGGUGGAGGAAGCUCCAAUGAGUAUGUAGGACAAGGUAACAGUUACCAGGGUCAUGGCAACUUUGACUUCCCUCAUGGAGCGCCAGGUGGCACAACGAUGAACGACUUUAUGCAUGCUCCCCAGCUCUCACACCCCCCUGACAUGCCUGGUGGGAUGUCUUCGCUGGACAAACCACUCAGUCACCCCAUGCAGGACUCCAUGCCUCAUGUAGGAAAUGCCGAUCAGCCUCAUGGCGCCAUGCCUCAGGGCUUACACCCACCUCACCCAGGAAGCCAGCCUGGGCAGCCUUUACAUCAUGGUGGACCAGCACCUCAACCUCGACAUCCGCAACAAUCUGCUGGCCAUGGGCAUGGGGAUAUGGCCUUUAACCCUUCGUCGGUAUUAGAAGGUCAGCCUGGUGGCCAGGGACCUCCUGAUAUGCCAGAGCCAUCGCUGGAUCUGCUUCCAGAGUUAGCUAACCCCGAUGAGCUUCUAUCGUACCUGGAUCCUCCAGACCUCCCCAACAACAGCAAUGAUGACCUUCUCUCACUGUUUGAGAAUAACUAAACUGAAGCUGUCUCCCCAUUCCCCAGUUCAUAAUCCAACCAAUCAGGACACACUACGGCAGGCACAAUUCUGGAAACUGCACCUCCUAGUCCAUCUUGUCUAACCUUCCAGCAAGCUUGUGGCUGUGUUUGCCUCAGACUAAUGGCACUUUGAGUGACGCUCCAAAAAAGGCAACAGCGGGCUUCAGGCUGCCUGCAGACAUCACACAUGGUGCUUCCUGGUUUUCCCUCACCGAGGUCUAUACAUGGAAAACUUAGAAAGCAAGGCUUUUACUAAGAAAGUCAACAAGUAGUAUCGGUGGUGGAGGUCCUAAAAGACAUGGCACCUCCCAAUGACCAGUGCUAUCCCCUUUUCCCACACCACCACCAGUCUCACACCAGCUGGAGGAGAAGAACUGUACCGUGACUUCGGAAGAAAGAUGGAACAAACACACGCACACAAAGCACAAAGUUCCCGAGCAGUGAGCAGGUUGGGCAGACAUCGUGCUCACACCACAAACAAGUGCUAAGGACAGCUCUGCUGGGGAUCUCCUGCGUCUUUUGUUUGUUGCUGGGGUACACUUCCUCCUGUUUUUAUUGUGGCAUUUUUAAAGACGUCUCCCCAGGCCUUUAAUCAGACAUUCGUGUUUUCCUUAGUGCACAGACUUGCACAAAGACCAUGGACGCUAAGGGACAAAAUGGCCUGGUCGUUCUAAUUUUUUUAAAUCUUUUGUUUUAGGCUGCAAAAAAGGGCAUUGAAGUUGGUUAAGACAGAGCAGCUGAAGGGUUAUGUUCUCUUUUUUUUUUUGUUAAUUAUUUUGCUUAACCCAACAAGACUGUUACACAAUAACUGGCCUUUUUUUUACCUGCCUGGAGACCAUUUCCCUUUUAAUAUAAACCCACAUAAACAAAAAUGUGUGUUAUUUGUGCAAUCUUCUUUCCCAGCCACCUUGUGGUCAAGGUACCGUCUAGAGGUGUGGGGUGGGGGUCUAAAUGCAUGAAUCUGACCCGGUUUCUGUGCUUCUGGUGUGUUAAUGCUGCUUGCUUCUGUAAAACUGUUGUUAUAUUUGUACAGAAGUGCAUGUGUGCCAAUCAAUGUUAUUUACUUUGUCUUUGUUAACGUUUCCACUGCUUUUCUCCUUUGCUGGCCUGUUAUGUAAGUUAAAGGGUUAACACGUGUCCCACAGACCACUUUAGCAUUGAGAGGUUCAGAGGCAGACAUUUUCCUAUUGCUGUUUGGAAGCAUCUCCUCCUCUCUUGCUCAUUCUGUGUGCAUCUCCCAGCUAUGAGAUCACGUCCUUUACAUAUUUUUUUUGUCCUGUUUGUUUUUGUUGUACAGAUAUGACUGACACACCAAACAACUCUAUUUUGUUGGCUAUUGCUUUCUUUUUCUAUCACCAAAGUUGUAUUUUGUACAUUUUUUUAUUUAACGAAAACAAAGGAAAAAAAAAGGGGGGGGGGGGGUGUUGAGUUAAUAACGUACCCAUUUGUUUUCCCAUCCAACAGUUUGAAAUUCCUUUUUUUUUUUGGUCUUCAUUGUGUAGAAAUGUAGUAUUUUUUUUUAUAAAUGCACCUCUGUUUUAUUUGUGUUCAUGUUUUCAUUUUCUAAACUUUCUGUAUCUUUAUCAAGGUAAGAUGGCAGCACACAGCGCUGUUCAUAUGCAAAUCAUUAUUUUAAAGGAAUAUUGUAAAUAUGUUCAGAUAUUUUAGAAAUAUGUCUUGCCUGUAACCUAAUCUGUUCUCAUGCAGUUUUUUUUUUUUUUGCCCAAGUUUACGUGACACAUCUCCAUUCUCUUUAACCCUACUAAGUUUUGUGCAGCUGUGCAUGCAAUAAUUUAUGCUCUGAACCCCAUCUUAUGUUACCACAGAAGUAAUAGAUGGUUCAUAAACUGAAAAAACAAAGGUGUUGCUGUUUGACAGGGGGAACACCUUCAACCUAAAAUGCAUUGUCUUCAUGACUGCUGCAGAACUGGCCCAAUCCUAUUGUGUAGGAUAGUGAUGUUGCUUUUAAUCACAAUUAUCCACUCCUGCAGCAUUUAAAAGUGACAACCAUCAUUUUGUAAAGAAGUGAGAACACCUGUAAUAUUAAUAGUUUAUUAUUCUUCUCCCCAGAAAACAAAACAAGGCUACAUAUCCUGUGUCUUAAUGACCCUUUCUGCAUUGAGAUGUUUUCCUGAUAAUUUGGUUUCAUUGCCUAUGGUGCACAGAACUCAGCUAAACUCCAUUUGCACUAGACAUUCUAGUGGAGUGCUAGAAACACGAUUUUCUUUAAUGCUUUCUGAGACCAUAGGUCCUGCAGGCUAAAGCCAUCCAGCUCUAGGUAAAUGUUAUAUCAUUUAGUAUGCCAAAAUAUUCCAGCACAAAUAAUUUAAAUAAUCCCAGUUUAUGAUCCAAUUAUUUUUAUUUUAUUUUUUUGCAUAUCCCCAAAAAAAUGAAGCCUGAGCCUCUCGCCACAUCUGACUUUGGCGUAUAUGAGUGUGGGCAGAAGUACAGGCAAAAAUGCUUAUGAGAAACAACCGUCGGAGCAGUUAUUAGUUGGAAUCACGUUAACCUAUUUGCUGUAAAGAGGGGAAAAAGGGAUUUAUAGCAUUGCCAGCUUUUGCUUAGCCCUUUAGAUUGGAAAGGGUGAAUGGACUUCACAGACCCUAUGUAAAUAAUGUAUAUGAGCAGUAGAGACAUAAAACACAGACACAUUCAUUUUCCUGCGAAUGUGCAUUUGUUUGUUUUUUUAUUUUGCAAAAAAAGGUGUUUAGAAAAAGGUAAAAAAAAAAACAAAAACAAAAAAGCUAAAAAAAGAAAAAGAAAAGAAAAACCCUGUGUUUCCAUCCGCGUGGAAAUGAUCCUAUAUUUGGGGAUGGGUGGGGGCAAUGUGAUGGGUCUGGGUGCAUUUUGUGUGAUUCCACAACAUUGUUUCCACUCCUGUAUAAUACUCUGACCCUUUGUGAAGACAAAUUACAUCUUUCUUUAGUUUUAAUUAUGUACAUGUAAUAUUUUAGCUGACAUGCAUAGUCCUGUGUAAUUUUAAAGGUGCUACAUAUAAAACACACAGAAACAUAUACACAAUGAAGAUAAUAGUGGAUCAUGGGGAAAAAAAAUCUGAAAAGAUUGUAACCAAAUUCUCUUUGUACAAUUUUUGAUAUUAUAAUGAUCAGAUAGGGAAAUUACAAAAAAAUAUGGUACAAUCUAAUAAAACAUACAAAAGGGCCACUGUAUUUUGUCUGUACAUUGUAUGUACAAUUUAAUCAUUCAUAUUUGUAUCCCCUUCACUGCCAGAGACCCUUUGAUUUGUGUCUUUGGCAGUGAAGGCAUAAAAUGUUCAAAAAUAACGUAAUUGUGCUUUUUAGUCUUGCAAAAAUUGUAUGUAGUUAGUUGUGUCCACCUUAUAUUUAUCAAAUAAAUAUGUACUCAGAUCAAACUGUA